AUGAAUGUUAGUGAAGACCUGAAAAACAACUUACCAAGUUUGAAUUUAUUGAGAAAAGUUAACCCGGUACUCUUUUCUGAAGAAAGAUAUGACGAAUACCCGUUGAACCAUGAUGAGUUAAUCCAAUAUUUGAACACACCCUCUACUUUAAACUACCAUUCAAGACCUUUAACUAAUGUUGAUUACUCAGAUUAUUUAGUGUAUAGGAAAGGUGAUUCUAGACAUGAGAUUGAUUUUGAGAAGAAAUUAUUAAGUGAAUAUGUAUUAUUUUGGAUACAAUCGGAACAUAACAAGAAGAAGAAGAAAUGCAAAGGUCAAGAUGAAAAUAACAGUCAUUUUUCGAAGAAUAUUAAAUUAGAGGAUUUCUUGACUUUGAAGCCUUAUUCUGAAGAAUGGUAUGAUUGUGUCUUGGAUAUUUUACAAAUGGGGAAUGCCACUGAAGUGGUGGAUUUAUCAAUGUCGAAUAAGAUAUUGAGUGAAUUUGUUAAGAGCCAUAAGGUAAGAGAUUUAUCAGAAAAUGAUGAAGGUUUGGAAGAAGUCACCUCAUAUUUAUUAUCCAGUGCUAUUCAAAAUGGUAUUGAUAUAAAACCAACAAAGUUGGACAAUCCAAUUGAGUUUUUGAAGAAUGGUAUUGAUAGUAUAUUAGAAGCAAGAAAACGAGAUUUUUCAUCGGAUAAUAAUAACACUGAUUCGAAGGAAGAUAGAAACCUAGCAAAUCAAGUUGGUAGGAGCACUUCCGAGGAUUUAAAUAAGAAAAUUAAUAACAAUAACGGCAACAAUUAUGAUAGUUAUGGUGAUAAUAAUGAGAAUGCUGACGAAAAUGGAAGUAGCACAAUGGUUCGUAGUGAGAAAUUGACUGAAAUAGAAACAGCUUUUAAAGAUUUACAAUUAGCACAUAAUUUUCUAACUAAACAAUUUGAACAUGAUCGUGCUGGUUAUGUGCAAGACAUUGAAAAAUUGACACGUACAAAUAGAGAAUUACAGGAUAAAUUGUUGAAUUCGCAUUUAGUAUUAUCCAAGACUGAAAAUAAAUUACAUGAAGCGGAGAAGGAGAAAGAGGAAUUGAAAGAACAAAGUCAUAAUAAUAGCAACGACGGUUCAUUUCAUGAUUCACAAGUGCAGGCGCAACAAUUGGAAAUAAAUAUUGAUUCAUUAAAGUCGCCACUUCUAUCACCUGAAUUAUGGGGCCCUCUUUCACCAGUAAGUAUAACAAGUGCGAAUGGAUCUCAUUCUAUAUCGAUUAUGAGAAAUGAAUUUAAGAGAAUGCUUAAUGAAACACAGAGGAAAUACGAAAAGGAACUGAAUGAAGAGCGACAACUAAGGGUGAAGCUUGAAAAGGAUUUGGAAUCUUUGCGACGUUAG